AUGUCGUACGACGUCAAGGGAAAGUUUGCUUUGGUCACCGGCGCUGGCAGUGGGAUCAACUUGGCAUUUGCUGAGCAGCUCCUCAACGCCGGCUGCUCUGUCGUCUUCGCAGAUGUAGCACUGCGUGAUGAGGCCAAGGCACUCAUCGCCAAGUUCCCUCACCCCGGCACGGUCUCUGCCGUCUACCAUAAAUGUGACCAGUCUAAUUGGAAGUCGAUCUCCGAGACUUGGGAGUUCACGCUCAAGACCUUUGGCCGGAUUGACGUCCUCUGCCCAGGGGCCGGCAUCUGGGAGCCUCCACACUCCACCUUCUGGCAUGCCCCUGGCAUCUCGCCACUGGCGAAGGAUGACCCCAACGGAGCCCCCGGCCUCUACCACCUCUUCGCGGUGAACCAGAUGGGUCCCAUUCGGUUCGCGCAGAUCGCCAUCGACUACUGGCUGGAGAACAAGAUCGCAGGCAGCCUGCUGUUCGUGGCCUCGAUGAGCGCGUACCUGCCGACGAUCGGCACGCCGCUGUACAACGCAUCCAAGGGCGCACUGACGUCCUUCACGCUGUCGCUGGCGCAGCUCAAGGCGCGCCUGGGCAUCCGCGUCGCCUGCAUGUGCCCGGCCACCACCUACACCCCCGCCGUCGAGGCCGAGUACUGCGUCGGCAAGGUGCGCCCUCAGGACAUGAACAUGACGGCCGAGGAGUGCGCCCAGAUCAUGCUGCGCCUCGUCACCGAGGAGAAGUACGGCAACGGCGACGUCGUCGAGGGCAUGCAGUUUGCUGCUCACGGCCAGCCGUCCGACGUGCGUGUGCGCACCAUCCCGUACCAGGCUCUGCUGCCCCCUAUCAACAUGGAGGGCGAUUUCAGCGGAAAGAACAUCCUGGUCGAAGAGGAGAAGCUGUACGAGAAGUUGAAGACCAAGGGCAUGAAGCCUUAA